AUAGAGAGCGCUGUGUUAAAAAUAUAUUACAAAAAGUCAGUUUGAAUGCAGUAGUAAUAAGCGAUAAUAUGUUAUUUGAAAUAAGUGAAAAUGCUUCAACUGAUUUAUCAUGCUCAACUUUCGAAACACCAGUAGUCCUCGCAACUACUUAG